AUGGCUGGACGAUAUAUUCCGCCAGCCCUCCGCGCGAGAGGUGGUGGUGACGGCGGUCAGAAACCUCGAAGCGCCAACGACAGCGAGAGCGGCUCCUGCUCUGUGUCCUCGGGCCUACAUGGAGGAGGUAAGAGUCGACAACUCACCGCGCGAUCAGACGCUCUCCCAGACGGAGAUCUCUGCUCUGUGAAAGAAAUCGAGCGCCAUUUCUGGCCGGACCCAGAAUGUUGGACCUCGGGGGGAAAGCAGAAGACGCUGCAUGAUUCUGCUGCGACUCAGGGAGUGUUGAGUUACGUCCUGCUAUUCAAGGAUGCAAAUCCCCGGUGGCAGGAUGAUGGAAUCAUCUUUACAAAGUCGAAUUUGGAGUUGUUGCCCGCUGAACUUGCUAAUAAAACUACCGAGAAUGGACUUACGGAUGAGGGUGGCGAUGCUUCUUUCGCUUCGAAUGGUACCAGUCACGCAAAUAACGGUGAAAGUGAAAGAGGUGGACAGGAACAUGAAGGGGUCAAACAAGAGGACACACUUGUAUCUGCUCCUACCAAAUCCGACCAACCACAGCAGCUACAAUACCAGCACCCACACCCCAUUGCAAUCUUCACACAAGUCCGCCGCUCCCAAGGAAAUUCCGCUCGUACCUUCAAAUUCGCAGGCUACUACCGCAUCGUGCGCCUUUCCUUCCUUCAACCCCACUCUCCAGGGCUGGUCCGCAUGCUGGAGCAGAAGUGGAGUUUGACAAACCCGCGCACGGGACAGGUCAGACAGAGACAGAGAGAUGCGAGUGCGUGGCAAGGGUCUUUGAACAUGACAUGGGCAGUGAUCAAGUUUGAGAGGGACGGAGAGGCGAUGAAGAGUCUAGGGCUCCUGAAGAUCGAGAGGGUUGAAGAUGAGGACGUCGAAGACUUUGAGGGUAGACCAGGGGGCGGUGGUGAUGGAGGAAAGAGUAGGAGGGAAAAGAAGGGAGUCAAUGAGCUGCUGAGGGAGUUGAGGAUGGGUGAUGAGGCGAAGAAAGUGAACAAGCAAAGAGACCAAGGCGGGAAAGGGACGCUCAAUGAUGGUGUGAGUGGUGCAAACGAGUAG